AUUCCGGACCAUCUUCGACAACCACUCGGUGACUUGGUCAAUAAUCCCAAACAACCGAAGAAGGACUGAGAGAAAAGAAUCGUUGAGGAUUAUCUGCGAUUCUUUUCACAUUUUCAACUCCGAUUGCGAUGAUUUUUGUUUAAAGGUAAGCUUGAAGACCUUGUCUUUACUGAAAGUUAGUUUUAUUUGAAAUUGUGGCUGUAAGAAGCUUGUAGGAACGUUUUCAAUUUUGUUGUCAGGCAGUGUGGCUUUUCGAAUGCAUAAACAUUUACCUAAAUGUUUAAUAAUAUUCAGCAUGAUGUCUUUUAUACUUGGGGGAAACAUCUCAUUUCAUGUACUAUGUAUAAAUUUUAUCUGUAUAUCUUACAUUUUUACGUUUUAAAUUGUAUUUUUACUAUAAAAUUCUUCAUAAGAAAUGUUUUGUAUAAUAUAUAAACGUAUAAAUUAUCAAUAAUUAUCCUGCAGCUUGUAACAAAAUAAGAAUAUUAAUCGCGUGCAAGGGCAGAUAUAUUAAUAAAUAUAUGGUUCCAGAUUGAAAUACUGGAUAGCCAUGGCAAUAGAUUUUUCCCAAAUGGCUGUUGAAUGUGCACUGUUGUCAGCCUAAAAGCAAGGAUUUGUUUUUGAGAACAGCAAAUUUAGCACAAAACUUUGACUUUGCUUUUAUUUCUUGUCUUUGAUUUCUUGUCUUUGAUAUCUGCAAUAUAAUUUGAAGAAUUUAGAAUGUCUCUUGCCAGAAAUUGGCACUGUAUUGAACUGAUUAACCAAUUGAGUGCUAGUGUUAUCCCCUUCACAUCACAAGUAAAAUCGUCUGGUGUUAGACAGAGAAAAAUAAAUGUUAGUGGAAAAAACAUUUACAAUACAUAAAAACAGUACUGGUGUGUAUCACAUACAACUGAAUAUGACAUUACAACUUUGCCAUUUCAAGCAAAGACCCUUCUUUGGGAAUUAGUAACAUUUUCAGACACCCUUUGUCUGCUUGGUACAUCAAAUUGAUCAAAACAUUUUUUUAUUAACCCAUUAAAUUAAGCGCCAGUGCUUUCCCCUUGAUGAGUAAAAUCGUCUGGCGUUAGACAUAGUAAAAUAAUAAAAGUAGGGCGCAUCAGGGCACAAUGCGACUCAAUGGGUUAAAUUAUACAUGUAAAUUUAUGGAAUCAUGCUUCUGGAAUUUCUCAAGCAUAUUACUGAUCAAAAAAGAGGAAUGAGACAUUUAAAUAUUAAAAUCCACUUGCUGUUGAUGAUGAUAUCUUAUCAGUUCAGUGUUAUGGGUAGCCAAGUGAUUUUUUUGUCAUUAAAGCACUUGUACUUUAAAUAUUAAUGAUACACUAUUAAACACUGCAGUCGAACAUAAAGUGCAAGUCUAUGGAAAUGGCAAAGUAAAUCACUAUAAUAAUAGGAAUAAAUGCAGAAAAAGCAAAGUCUUUACUCUAUAUGGAAAUGGCUGAAUGUAGGAGAUUUCACGACUUUUUCCUUGUGUCAAUAUGAAGUAUAAUGCUGAGUUUACACGCUCGGAAUUUUGGAGCUUUAUGAAAACAAUAUUACCAAAACCACGCCAAAUCCUUCCCCUUGCUUGAGAAGAUGUGAAAUGUUUGUAAUCUCAUUCCUCAAUGUUUUGACAUGAAAACAUGACACAUUCUUUUUUGGGCAAGAGGAAGCAUUCAUGGUUUUGGUAAUAUUAUUUCCAAUCUUUCAAGUGCAAGCACUCAGUAUGUGCAUGUCUGACUGCAAUGUUAUACCACUAAUCUACUAUGGAUAUCAGCUAGUGCAUUGCUACUUGAAAGUGUUUCCCUUCACAGUUCACAAUCGUAUUAAACUCUGAGCUAGCUGGAAAAUGAAUUAGCCCCCACUACUGAGACUUUAUAUUUAUUCAUAAAUUUUCCAGUUUUAGAUAUUGAUCUGUUGACUGAAAUAACCCAGUACAGAAUCGUAUCUGCUGCAAUGGCGUCCAGCGAUGAGGAAAUAUAUGGCACUUUAUCUAACUUUGAGAUUGAGAAAAAGAUUGGUCGUGGCCAGUUUAGUGUUGUUUAUCGAGCCAAGUGUGUGGCUAAUGACCAGAUAGUUGCGCUUAAAAAAGUCCAGGUUAAUGAAUUAAAUUUUCAAAUGUAAUUAUUCAAAUUAUGUUCAAAGCAUGUUUUGCGAAGAAUUAAUUUAUACAUUAUUAGCUGUCUGACAAUUUUAUUGUUGGUUAGAUAUUUGAUAUGAUGGAUGCAAAGGCUAGACAAGAUUGCAUAAAAGAAAUUGAGUUGUUGAAGGUAAAAUAAAGUUAUACCUGCCUGUUAACAGAAAUCCCAAAAUCAUGUCAUUGCAAACAAAGAAUUGAGUGUUAAUUCAAUACUCAAUUAAAUCAGGAUUAAAUACAUGAUGCCUUGCUAUCUUUCAGCAAUUGAACCACCCAAAUGUGAUAAAGUAUUUAUCAUCUUUUAUUGAAAAUAAUGAGGUAUGAUAUUCAGUGCUAAUUUAUCUCGAAAUUGUUUUUGUAAUUGUCAGUGCAGUAAAUAUUAAGUUUACACUUUUGUUCUAUUUUUUGUAGCUAAAUAUUGUGCUUGAGUUAGCGGAUGCAGGAGAUUUGUCUCGAAUGAUAAAGGUAUUUCCUUACUUCCUGGAUUGUAGUGUACUAAAAGCUUUGGUGUGAAGGAUACACAAACAGAACUUCGACAUGUUGAGCGAAAGCCCUUCAUUGGGAUGUCAAUGCACAAGUUUGAUUGUUCUAUUCAAUUGUUUUGUUUUAGCAUUUCAAGAAAAACAAUAAAUUGAUACCAGAAAGAACAAUUUGGUAAGACAUGACAUUUCAGUGUCCUGUAUUAAAAAUAAGCAAAUCUUUUAAUUUCAAUAUCUCUGGUUUAUAGGAAAUAUUUUGUUCAACUCACAGCAGCAUUAGAUCACAUGCAUUCACGAAGAGUUAUGCAUCGAGGUAUAUAAUCUACUGUGUGAAAUUUUUGGGCUUCUAUAAUUGCAAUAAGCUGCCGUGCUUGGUGUCAGAAAUAUGUGAGAUUGAUGUUAUUCUGAGUGUAUAUCUACACCGGGCAAGCUUGAAAAAUAUGCCUGACCAUGUUGGGAAUUGAACCUACGACCUUUAGAAAACGCAUGCCCAGUGUGGAUAUACACUCAGAGUACGGUAACAUCAAAAGCAUCAUAUGUGAGAUUGUUAACAUCAAGUGUGUGACACAAUCUGAUUAUUUUGACAGAUAUCAAGCCAGCAAAUGUAUUCAUUACUGCAUCAGGAGUGGUCAAGCUGGGGGAUCUUGGGCUAGGAAGAUAUUUUAGUUCAAAAACGACAGCAGCUCACUCGUUAGGUGAGUAAAAACACUUUCUUACUUGGGUGUAGGGCUUGUUUUAGUGAAUUGUCACAGUUAUGCAAUGCUUUGUUUUCUCAUUAUUUAGUUGGCACACCUUAUUACAUGUCUCCAGAACGAAUUCAUGAAAAUGGGUACAAUUUUCGUUCAGAUAUCUGGUCAUUGGGAUGCUUACUGUACGAGGUAAUAUAUUGUCAAAAUUUGCUUGCCCACAUGUGAAGUUAAUGACUUUUAGGUUACCGGUACUGCUCUGUAACGACUUAACGAGUUACUGCUCUGUAACACUAAUUAAAACUCUCCAAUUUUUACACAUUUGUAUUUUUUAAGAUGGCAGCUUUACAGUCACCAUUUUAUGGAGACAAAAUGAAUCUUUACUCACUUUGCAAGAAAAUUGAGAAGUGUGAUUAUCCUCCAUUGCCAUCAGAUAUUUACUCGAAGGAGGUGAGUUUUACAAUACCGGUACCACUUAUAUCUGGUCACAGAGCACAGCUACUGUAAGGUGGGGUGGGGUGGGUAAUUUUCAGUGAGGCAGGGAACCUGAAAAAAUUUCUUGAACCACAGGUGAGGGGGGGGGACAAACACUACUCGACUUAGCGAGUGAUUUCACAGGUGGAAAAUGGAUUCUUGUUAUAAGAAUUAAGUUAAACUACAACAUUUGAAUAAUGAUAAAAUGGCUGUCAUGAUUAUUCAUAAUGAAUAUUUGAGUAAAAAGUUCUGAUAGAAUGGAAUUAUAAUGGUACAGAAGAAAGAUAUAUAAUAAGCAAUCUCAAGUAAAUCCCAUGCCCUCUAGACAUAUUUAGUAGUACGCUUCUCUCAACAGUAAAAAAGCAGUGCACUAAUCACAUCUGACAGCAACCAAUACAUGUAAUUUGAUGUUUAGCUUCGAGACCUUGUGCAGGCGUGCAUCACCCCAGACCCUGAUCAUCGACCUGAUGUGAAGUAUGUCAAUGAAGUUGCAAAGAAUGCUUAUCAGUCAUUUCUCACUUAAUAUUAUGAUGAAUUAAUGAAAUUGUGAAUUUGAAUAAGAUUUAUAGACAGGUGUACAAUCUGCACACAAGCACUGUAUAAAUGCCAUAGCUCAAAUCUUAGCUGUAAACUAAUUGAAAGUAAAAUGUUUGCUGCACAACUAGAUAUACUGUAAUAUCAGACUUUUUUGCUGUUUUCGUUGGUUGAAGUAAGAGGUGUAAAUGUAAUUUAUUCAAGGAUUACAUUAAUUUACUUGAACCAAAAUAGCAAGCAAAACAUGUGUGAUAGUUUGAAGUUUUACGGGUGAAAGGUGAAGCUAUGAAAUGUUAUUUGACAUUGCUUAAAAGUCCCUCUUAAUUCUUGCCAAACACUUUCUCACUGACAAGGAAAGAUUGUGAAUUUGUCAGGUGUUACGGCAGUCGGCACAGUGGGGCACAUUGCAGCUUAAUUAAUCAGUUGUGCCUUUUAGCUUUACAUUGCUUUCUCCUACUAUUUAAUAACUGAUGAGAUUUUAUAAGCUUGCUUGUAUAUUCUUAAAGAAUUAAUAUAUUUCAUUUUAUUAGACUUACUGUAUGUGAAAUAGUUUUAGUAAGGUUUUUAGUGUUUUAUAGUAUUGAACUAAAUUAAACUUUUAUUGUAUUUCAUGUGUGAAUGUGAGUAAUUGGCCUCAGCUGGUUUGAUGAGCGUUUCAACAACAAUUUAACUCAAAUGAAAUGCAGUGUUGAAAAGCAUUAAAAACAGCUAACCUCUUAAGGGGAGCUUCACCCCAAUUCUACUUCAAAAUGACUGAUUAACUAUUGUUAUAAGACAUGUUAUUAAGCAUCUUAAAUACUGUAAGAACUAUAUAUUUUUGGAAACUACAGAUCUUCAGCUCCAAGAUGGAACAAAAAUUUUUCAAUCUCUGUUAUCAAACUAAAAUUUGACACCAAAGAACCCAAUCUCGUUCCCUGAACCUGCGAUCCUCAGGAAGGAAUGCAAGGCUCUGGGAUAAUCCGUUUCAGGGAGGAAUCUGAUUGGCCGUUGAUAUGGAAUACAUGUGCAGUUCAAUCUUAGCCUUUCUUAGCCAGGAUUCCCGGCUUCCGGGAACAGAUUAUCCCAGACCUCAUGUUCCUUCCCGAGGAUUUCCGGCUCGGGGAACGAGAUUGCAACGAACCGAGUAGGAUAUGAAAACUGGAUCCUAAAGGCCACUUUUGUCCCCCCAUAAAAUCUCUUCAAAU